AUGCCCUGUCGUGCACCAUGCCGGCAAGGAGCAGAGGAGCACUGCCCGAGGCCAGGAACCACCAUGGUCCGGGCUGGAGCCAUACAUCAGGUGCGGCGGCACGCCCCAUGCGCGCCACCACGCACCCGUCGGAAACCAGAACCAAAGCGCCUGCCACGCCAACAAAAGGCAGUGAGAUCAAGACCGGCUGCAGCAGCACCGCCACCACCUCCCACCACCCCCACCACCUCCACCAGCAGUACUCACCACCACCCUCCUCUGCCCAAGCCGGACAACCACGGGCCGAUCCAACCGAAUCCAGCCAGUCCAGCGGAACGCACCACCAACAACCUUCCAGAUCAGGAGCGGGGCCACAGGAAGGACGUCGCCGCGCGCGCCCAGGACAGACCACCAGAGCACGGGAGGCUGGCACCGCGCCCCCGGCGUCGUCACCUCGCGCGGGGCGACCCAGAUCCGCCCCCAGCGCCCACGAUGGACCUGCCUUCACCGCAAGACGCGGCCACAAGAGCCAGCCAGCACACGGGCCACCGCGACGGGAGGCAGCAGCCCCGGAUCCGACGCCGGACGCCCACCCGAGCCACCGCGACGAGAGGCAGCCGCCUCAGAUCUGCGUGA